AUGAAGAUAUUUAUAUACAUUUGCAUUUGGGCUGCUGCAUGGGCUAUUCCAGUUCCUCAAAUUAAACCACUGGAGAGACAUGCUGUUGAAAAAUCUGUGAAUUUACCUCUUCAAGCAAAAGCAAAAUCACCAGUACAGAAUGAGUUAAUUGUCAAUGACAUCACUAAAGAAAGUGGUGGCCCCCUGUAUCAAAGUGAAUUAGAAAGGCAACACUAUAUCAUAGCUGGUGAUAAAGGACAGGGGAACGACUCUGAGUUGGCAGAAGUAGGAGAAAAGAAACCUUCUACACAUUUCACUUUAGCAAGUAAAGAGGGAAAUCUUGAAGAUGAAAAUGGAGGCACAAGAACUCCAGAAAUAUAUGGUCAUGAUGCAGUACAUGGAAAAGAAGAUACCACAGCAAAUGCCACCGGGGGGCAAAUGAGCAUUACUGGCAGUGUUACAACAGCAAAUGAGAGCAAUAUUGAUGGAAAUACAGAUCAGAAUGUAAAAUAUCAGGAGGGGGCAGAUGUAAGCCAGAAUGCCACUGUUGUCCAAGAAAAUAGACCACAAGUAGCUGACAGCAAUAACAGUACAAACCAUGGAGAUAAAACAGACAGGACUGAGGGUGAUACAAAUUCAACAACAUCUCACAGAGAAGGAGAGGAAAACUGGAAUGGGAAGGCUGAGGUAAUACCAGGCAAUGGGGGAGAUGCUGGCCUGGAUCAUUCUGAUGGGUGUCCUAGUGGGAAUGGAGCAGAUGAGGAUGGAGACAAGGGCUCUGGUGACACCGAAGGUGUGGAAGCAGAUACGAAGGAAGAGGGCAGUGAUAACAGCCAGGCCCAGGAAGGACAGGCUCAGGGAAAAGAAGAGAAAAGCACAGGUCAACAUUCAGUUAGUAUUGAAGACUGUGACUCUGAAGAGAAGCAAGAUCCCAACAACAACACUGGUGCAGAUGAUAAUUCUAACAGUGAAGAAAAUGCUGAAGCUAUUCUAGAAGGCCAAGCAGAGAACUUCCAAGAAUCCAGUCAUAGAGAAAGUAAAAGUGUGGGAAAUGGAACCAUCCAACAGUCAGAACCAAGUACUCUUGGAAAGAGUCAAGAUAAGGGAAUGAAAACUGAAUCUCCCAACAGUGAAGAUAGAACUAAUAGUACCAAGAGAGCUGGGGAAAUACUUGAACAGAGUAAAGGACAACGUGGUGGAAUCACGGUGAAGGAAAACAGAAAACCACAGGGACAAGCUGACAAGUCAGAAAGUCCUGGCAGGAAGCCAGAACCUGGGAGUGAGGCUGGACAUAGCAAGAGAGGUAGUGACAGUAACAGUGACGGAUAUGAUAGCUAUGAUUUUGAUGAUAAGUCCAUGCAAGGAGAUGACCCCAACAGCAGUGAUGAAUCUAAGAGAAGUGAUGGUGCCACUUCAGAAGGUGACAAUGACAGAAGUAGCCAAGGAGAUGUUCCCUACCUCUCAGAUGAAUCUGAAGAUAAUGGCAAUGACAGUGACUCAAAUGGAGGAGAUGAUGAUGACAGCAAUAACACUUCAGAUGCUAAUGAUAGUGACAGUAAUGGUGGUGGUGACAGCGAGAGUGAUGAAGUUGAAUCAGAAAGCAGCCAAGGCCGAUCUGAAAGUGGUGACACUGACAGCAGCGACAGCAAAUCAGACAGCAUUGGCAGCAGUGACAGCAGCGACAGCAGUGACAGCAAAUCAGACAGCAGCGACAGCAGUGACAGCAACGACAGCAAAUCAGACAGCAGCGACAGCAGUGACAGCAACGACAGCAGUGACAGCAAAUCAGACAGCAGCGACAGCAAAUCAGACAACAGUGACAGCAGUGAUAGCAGUGACAGCAGUGACAGCAGCGACAGCAGUGACAGCAGUGACAGCAGCGACAGCAGUGACAGCAAAUCAGACAGCAGUGACAGCAGUGACAGCAGUGACAGCAGCGACAGCAGUGACAGCAGUGACAGCAGCGACAGCAGUGACAGCAAAUCAGACAGCAGUGACAGCAGUGAUAGCAGUGACAGCAAAUCAGACAGCAGUGACAGCAGUGAUAGCAGUGACAGCAAAUCAGACAGCAGCGACAGCAGCGACAGCAGUGAUAGCAGCGACAGCAGUGAAAGCAGUGACAGCAGUGAUAGCAGUGACAGCAGCGACAGCAGUGACAGCAGCGACAGCAAAUCAGACAGCAGUGACAGCAGUGACAGCAAAUCAGACAGCAGCGACAGCAGUGACAGCAGCGACAGCAGUGACAGCAGCGACAGCAAAUCAGACAGCAGCGACAGCAGUGACAGCAGCGACAGCAGUGACAGCAAAUCAGACAGCAGCGACAGCAGCGACAGCAGUGGCAGCAAAUCAGACAGCAGCGACAGCAGCGACAGCAGUGACAGCAAAUCAGACAGCAGUGACAGCAGUGACAGCAGCGACAGCAGCGACAGCAAAUCAGACAGCAGUGACAGCAGCGACAGCAGCGACAGCAAAUCAGACAGCAGUGACAGCAAAUCAGACAGCAGUGACAGCAGUGACAGCAGUGACAGUAGUGACAGCAGCGACAGCAGCGACAGCAAAUCAGACAGCAGCGACAGCAGUGACAGCAAAUCAGACAGCAGUGACAGCAGUGACAGCAGUGACAGUAGUGACAGCAGCAACAGUAGUGGCAGUAGCAGCAGUAGUGACAGCGAUGACAGCAGUGACAGUAACAAAAGUAGUAGCAGCAGUGAUAGUGACAUUAGCAACAGUAGUGACAGCAGUGAUAGUGACAGUAGUGACAGCAGCGACAGUAGUGACAGCAGCGAUAGUAAUGACAGCAGCGACAGUAGUGACAGCAGCGAUAGUAGUGACAGCAGUGACAGUAGUGACAGCAGCGACAGCAGUGAUAGUAGCGACAGCAGCGACAGUAGUGACAGCAGCGACAGCAGCGACAGUAGUGACAGCGGCGACAGCAGUGAGAGUAACAACAGCAGUGACAGCAGCGACAGCAGUGACAGCGAUGACAGCAGCGACAGCAGCGACAGGAGCGAGCACGGGGCUAGCCCCUCUGACAGCAGCGAUGAGAGGGAUGAGCAGAGCGAGUCUGGAACUAGCAACAGCAGCGGGAGUGCCAGUGCUAGUGAGGGCAGUGACAGUAACCACUCAACGAGUGACUACUAG